AUGGGGGGGCUUAUUCGGCAUUCCAAUGGAGACCCGAUUCUGGCUUUUGUGGGCAAAGGGGUGGAGCCUUCAGUGCUUGCCAUGGAAUUACUAGCUAUUCACAGAGGGGUUGCCUUGUGCUUGGACAAGGGUUAUCACAAUAUUUCUAUUCGAUCUGAUUCGAAGUUGGCGGUAGAUAUCAUUACUGGUACUUUCAGCUACCCUUGGAAUGUGUAUGUCUUGAAAUGUCAGAUUUGCUCUCUUUUGAACCAUCUGACUCAUCUUGAAGUGAAACAUGUCUGGAGGGAACUGAACCAGUCGGCAGAUUUUGUCGCCUCUAAUGACAGUGGAGAUGUGGAAUCCAUUCUUUAUCCCCGGGACUUUCCUGAAGAUCUAAUGAGGCUGAUUCAUGAUGAUAUUGAUAGGAAGACCUACUUUAGGCCUCCUUGA